GUGGUGUCUCUGAGCCAUAUUUCAUAUAUUCCAAUUUUUAAUAAUCCAACAAAAACAUUCAGAAUUACAAGAGGUCCAACCUAGCAGCGACGACAAUGAAGUUGUGGUUCUUCACGGCAACAAUUUUGGUAGAAGUUUUAGUGUACCCUUAUCUUGGUAAGAGCCAAAUCUAUGGCAGUUCUGCACCCUUCAACAUUCCUAACAGUGGGGUAUUUACUGGUCUGAGCAUUUUAGGACCAAGAUAUGAAAAUUUAGACAUGUUACAAACAUUUGAAAGUUUCGUGUCUGGUUUCGACACAACUGACAUCUCAGGAAAUCGACAGUGGCGCCAUGAGCGACGUAAGCCUGAUGGACGAGUGAUUGGGAAUUACGGUAUAUUAGAUCGUAACGGACAAGCUCACAUUGUGGAUUAUAUAGCAGAUGAAAAUGGAUAUCGUGCCAUAGCGAGAGACAAAGAUUUCAUAGUUCAAUCUAAUCACCCCACUUUUGGUGACACUCAUUUCCUUCCACUACCCCCAGAUCCCAAUGUUCAAGUCUCCAGACCAUUUCCAGAUCCUCCUUUACAUCCUGGUCUUAUCCCUUAUGAUGGUAUUAACUUUCAUCCAGAUGUUGACAUCACUCGAGGAAAUGUUGAUAUUUAUCCUAAACCUGGUCCAUAUCCACAAAUUCCUUUCUUAGAACAAAAUCCAGUGCUAUUCCAACCAACAGGGGUCCAUCAACUCUAUAACCCAUCUUUUCCACCGAUAGAUGAUCGUAAUUUAAAAGCAAUAGGACAACCUCGGUCUUUCAAUUCUACACUUUUUUUCACCAGCUGGCGGCGGUAUAUUAGAAAGAGUAGGACAUUCUAGGUCACUCAGUGCGCCGUAUGUUCUACCAAUUGGUGGUGGAUUGCUGGAAACAAUAGGAUAUUUCAGAACCAAUGAUGUUCCUGUAAACCCGAAUACUCGUAAUAUUCCACUAGAAGGCAGGCACAUUGAUCCAAGUAAUUUACCGUCAUUCAGUGAAACGACUCAACCUCGAACAUUUCCAGAGCUUGGCCAUUUUCUUAUUAGCCGAAAAACAAACAACGCCAGGAAUCAGUACCCAGAAAACAGUGGCAUAGGCAGUGACAGGCAGGGCUACUACCCAGCAGAUAGAGCAAAUUAUAACCUGAUUUAUGACAGAGUAUAUCAAAGUCCACUUGCCUAUUUGU